UAAUAUCCACACGGAAAUAUCAUUAACAGUUUCACACCACCCACAAUCCUUCUAGGAUUCUUCCAUCUCUCCUACUUGUUUCCUAAUAAAUUCCCAGUCAACCAACUAUCCUCCUUCAAUCUCACUUCCCUAUUUAAAUCCGUAUAACUUUUCCCUCUCUCAUCAUCUCUUCAAAACCAUCUCACUUGGGUAGAAACAAAACAAAAGAAACCGAAGAUUUUUGGGUUUUGGGUGUUUCGAUUCCAUCUAUAAAGACUCAAAUUCAUCUCUUCUUCUUCUGAUUUUGUUAACCCAUCAAGCUUUUCCAAGAUGGGUAAGUUCUUGAGUGUUCUUUUUUGCAUCUUGAUAUCGAAUCUGGCUGUUUCAAGUGCUCAAAAUUGCAAUACUUAUGCCUUUCGAAACAACGCUAUCUACGCUACUUGUGUUUCGUUACCUGUUUUGGACUCGCAUCUCCACUGGAACUACCUCACCAACGGCACCGUCGACUUGGCUUUCCGGCACACCGGAGCCACCACAUCUCAAUGGGUUGCUUGGGCGCUUAAUAUCGGUGGGUCGGGUAUGAUUGGGGCUCAAGCGCUUGUUGCUGUUACAAGCCCAAACGGGUCGGUUCAAGCUUACACUUCUGCAGUUUCUAGUUAUGGAACGAGUCUACAACCGAGCACUUUGAGCUUCGAGGUGCCGAGGAUUACGGCGGAGAGAGUUAACGACGUGGUGGUGAUUUACGCGACUAUAGUGUUGCCUAAUGGAGGAACGGGAUUUAAUCAGGUAUGGCAAGUGGGUCCUGUCGAUAAUGGAGUUCCGGGUAUUCAUGCACUCGGUAGUGAUAAUCGGGGUUCUGUCGGAAGGGUUGAUUUUAUCUCCGGUCAGACUACUUCCGGCGGUCGUGUUGGUGGGUCGCUAGUGCGCCGGAGAAACACUCAUGGAGUAUUGAACGCUGUUAGUUGGGGAGUAAUGAUGCCCAUGGGAGCAAUGACAGCAAGAUAUUUGAAGGUGUUCAAAGUCGGUAAUCCAGCCUGGUUUUACAUCCACGCCGCUUGCCAAACUUCAGCCUACAUCGUCGGUGUCGCCGGAUGGGCCACCGGACUCAAACUCGGCGGCGACUCUACCGGAAUCACAUUUGAAUCUCACCGGAACAUCGGGAUCAUCCUCUUUUCACUCGGAACACUUCAGGUUUUUGCUCUACUGUUGAGGCCUAAACCCGACAACAAAUACAGAAUAUACUGGAACGUUUACCACCAUGGCCUUGGAUACGCUGUGAUUGCUUUGAGCAUUGUCAAUGUCUACAAGGGGCUUGAUAUCUUGGACCCUGAGAAGAAGUGGAAGAACGCAUACACAGGAAUACUUAUUGGUUUGGGGGUUGUUGCAGUUCUUUUGGAAGCUUUCACAUGGUUCAUCGUCUUGAAGAGGAAGAAGGAAGACCAAAGGACACAUGCAGGAGCUAAUGGAUAUGGUCAAUCAGUGUAGAUGAUGGAGGGGUUUGCUUUUAUCGAUGAUGUUUUAUGGGUAGAUUAUUAAUUUACUUUUUGAUGGUGUUGAGAAUAGAGGUUAUAUUCUUUGUUGAGAUUUAUAUAUGUAUCUAUGCAUGUAUGUAAUACAUUUUCACUUUUUAUAUUGAGUAUUUUUUUUUUCA